AUGUCGGAGGUGACCGAUUUUGGAAAGCAGGGUGACGGCAUGGAUUCUGGCUCACAUGCUCCUCGGAUAUCCCCGGCGCGGGUGUCCGAUCCCAGCGAGGAUGAUACCAAAUCCAAGUCGCACCCAAGUCAAGUCCGUUUUUCCUCCGUCACGGAGGAGAUCGAGCCCUCGGAGCAGCAGACCGCCUCUGCCAUGGGUCAGAAACAGGAUGAGGAUCUCCGUUCGUUGGCCGCAAGCCUGCAGGGGACCCAAUUGCAGGAAUCGCGUCUGCGGAACUUUUCUUAUGACCCCUUAUCCCUCCCCUCCUCAAGAGUUGCAUCCCGCGAAUCUAGCGACCGAGGGGGACGAGAAACGAAUGGAUCUGGUUUGCCGUCUCCCCGUGCCUCCCCAGCGGCGUCCCUGGUGCACUCGCCGCUUCUGACGCCAGCGGCCACCCAUUCCCGUGAACCGAAAACUAACGACACAUCGUCUACCUCUACCACGGCAGACAAGGGGACCACCGAUCACACCGCGGUCAUGACUCCGGAAACCUCCCCGCCCACGGGGUCGUCCACCAAGAGCAAGGCGGCGGCCCAAAGCGCCCCGACCUCGCGACCUUCUUCCACCGAACAGCUGACCAAACCGAACGACGUCGCGCAGACCAACUCCCACCCGCAAAACGGUGCCAAACACCGCGCGCAGUUUUUCCUGGGGCCCGGCGCGGAUGCGAGCUCUCAGGAGGAGAGCCCCCCGCAGACGCCCCGCGCGGAAUAUACGCCCCCCGGCACCAUCACCCCCGUCGGGGAGCCCAACGACCCCUACGCGCGCCGCCUUCGCAUCCCCCAGCCGAAGAACCUCGCGCAGCUCGAUCAGCGGUUCAUCUUCAACGGCCGCGACGUCAAGCGCCGCGCCGCCCAGCACGCCUCCUCCCUCGUCCGGCCCCACGCCCCGCGCUCGUCUAGUGCCACCGAUCUCAAGUCAGAGCGGCGCAGUGGCUUCUUCAGCAGCAAGCGGGACCCGGACGUCGACGGCAAGCACCACGGCCACAUGUCGGAGUUGAAGCGCUUCUUCAAGAUGGGCCACAACAAGCACAAGCGGGGCGAGUCCCCCUCCUCGCUCCCCAAGAAAUCGAGCCGCGGUUCGGGGAAGAGCACGCCCUACCAGAUGGCCCCCGACAAUGUCCCCUUCGCCGACGAUCACGGGCUCAACUCCAAGUACGGGAAGCUCGGCAAGGUGCUCGGGUCCGGGGCCGGCGGGUCCGUCCGCCUGCUGAAGCGGAACAGCGACGGCGUCACCUUUGCGGUGAAGCAGUUCCGCGAUCGCCAUUCGUGGGAGACCCUGAAGGAAUACUCCAAGAAGGUGACGGCCGAAUUUUGCAUCGGGUCGACGCUCCAUCACGGCAACAUCAUCGAGACCUUGGACAUCAUUCAGGAAGGAAGCCACUGGUACGAGGUCAUGGAGUACGCGCCGUUUGAUCUGUUCGCCAUCGUCAUGACAGGCAAGAUGGUCAAGGAUGAAGUGGCGUGCUCCUUCAAGCAGAUCCUCAGCGGCGUGGCCUACCUCCACGGCAUGGGUCUCGCCCAUCGCGACUUGAAGCUCGACAACGUGGUCGUCAACGAGCAUGGCAUCAUGAAGCUUAUUGAUUUUGGCAGUGCCGUGGUCUUCCGAUAUCCGUUCGAAAACGACAUCGUUCCCGCCUCUGGGAUCGUUGGCUCGGAUCCGUACCUUGCUCCCGAGGUGUACGAUGAGAAGAAAUACGACCCCCGUCCGACCGAUGUCUGGUCUUUGGCCAUCAUCUUCUGCUGUAUGACGCUGCGUCGAUUCCCGUGGAAGCAACCCCGGGUCAGCGACAACUCCUACCGCCUCUUCGUCUCUACCCCGACCCCCGGGACCCCGGUCCCCGAUAUCGACCCGAAGCGGCACAAGCCCAAGUCCGCUCCGGACUUGCCCUCGGUGGCGCGGGAAGCCAAUGCGCCUUCCCGCAUCCCUGACGACAACUGGGCUCCUGGGCAAAUGAAUGGACGCCAGGCGCCACCCAAGCGGAAACCAGAGUCCGCCACCAGCGAGGAGAACCGCCCGCCAGAGAGCCCCCAGGACGAGACGGCGGAUAACCAAACGCAGAAGAAGAUGAGCAACAACAAUAAGCCGACGCGGACGACGAGCAAGGAGGCGCCCCCGCUGCCGCCGUCGGCCCAGCAGUCGGGCCAACGCCAGGAGGUCAUCAAAGGACCCUGGCGUCUUCUCCGGCUCUUGCCUCGCGAAAGUCGCUAUAUCGUCGGCCGGAUGCUGACCGUGCGGGUCAAAGACCGUGCCAGUCUCGACGAUGUCUUGGCCGAUGAGUGGGUCCAGAACAUCCACGCUUGCGAGCAGGAAGUGUCGGGGACCGUCAUCAAAGCCCCGGGCCAUACCCACAUCCUAGUGCCUCCUUCAUCGAGCGUACCGGUCCAGAGUAAGGCGAAGGCUAAGUAG